AUGAAUCCCGUACGGACCAUAUUUUGUAAAGGCCGCCAAGCGGUCAGGGGGAAAAGCACACCUUUCCUCAUUAAUAGCAGCUUUAACCUUAUUGGAAGGAGGGACAUCAACAUGGGCAUGAAGAAACUGAACAAGGAUGCCCCCGGUGAAGGAAUAAACUACACGGUCAACCAACCAAAGGCAGUACGCGUACCAAUAAUGCGAUUUUUCUACGGCGUUAUCAUUCUUAUGGCAGCUGUCCCUAUAUGUCAGACCCUCUACGAGACGAAUAAGUAUUACGAGGAGUCACGUCUUUAA